AUGUCGCGAGAGAAUAGUUUUAGGAAAUUGGUCUCUGGGCUAUCUCUUGACGGUUGUAAACCUUCAGAGUUAUACGCAGAGAUGUGCAAACAUGCAGACAACGCUCUCGAUCCAGCAUUCAUUAGAACACUAUGGAUGGAUAGGAUGCCAAAAGACAUGCAAAUGGUCUUAUCUCUCGCUGAGAAAGUAGACAGCACCUUAUUGUUAGAGAUAGCAGAUAAAACGAUGUCAAUGUGCGAAAAUCAACGACCACCAAACGCACACAUUGCAGCUGUAUCUAAAAAUAAUUCACACAGUGACUGCGAUGAGAAAUUCCUCACGCUGACCUACGAAAUCAGGAACUUAGCGACAAAACUGGACAACUUCAUGAACUAUCAACGAAAAUCACGUAGUCCAUCUCCACACCCGCAUAACAACCAAUCACGCACACCCAGCGCGGAUCGCUCAGCAAAAAUAUGCUUCUACCAUAAAAAAUACGGAGUAUUAGCAUUGCAUUGCGUGCCUAACUGCUCAUGGAAAGCGGACCAAGAAAAUGCGACAAGCCAUCAAUAG